AUGGCCGAUACUACCAACAACAACACCACCUCCCCCUCCACCGGCCUCUUCUCGCGUCGACCCUCCUUCUUCGGCGGAAAGAGCAAGGGACACAAGCCCUCCAGAUCCUCCGUCUCACGCACCGCAUCCUCGUCGACAACAGCCACCCCCAACACCGAGCUAGACACCCCCCCUCUUGUCCCCAACCAAUACGAUUCCCCUCCCAGAGUGCCUACUACGCCACAGAAGCGCAGACAGGCCAGCAGACACAGCAUCGCGACCUCCCUCACGGACAUCGGCGCGCAAUUGCCGACAUCGCGCAGCGCCUCGCUUCGCACCAAUACAUCCGCCGGCACAGGAGGCUCAGCCAGCACCGAAGGGGGCAGCUUGGGCGUCCGACUGGGCAGUAGGGACUCGCACUCGCAUAGGCGGACUCCUUCGGCCAACAUGGCCCUGACCUAUUCACCGGAAAAAGCAAUGGCCACUGCGCCUUCACUGCCCGCCCUCUCCAUACCCACUUUUUCACGGAACAGGCAAAAGAGCAGUGAGAACGUGAAGCCUGAAGGCGGGGGCCAGGCGUACGAGAAGAGCCCCCUCAGUGCCGUCGACAAGCCCAAGACACCCUUCGCCAUGGCGGUGCCCAUGCCAUUGCGGCACCCGCCCACACAAAAGGAGAUCCUACAAGCAAACCAGCAGUCAAACAGAGGGCUAGCGCCCGCAGCACCUCUCCCUACACCCAACGGCGCAAACCCCCACAUCAUCUUCCAGCACAUACACGAGCUAGCAUCGAAACGAAUAUCGACGUUGGAUUACCUGCGAAAAGCACACGAAGGCCGCAUAUACUGGUUCAACACGCUCCUCUUCGCCAAAUCAGACCUCACGCGCCUCCCCUCGUUUAUGCCACGCAAUGCCUCCCGCCGCGCAACCCAUUACCUGCUCCUUGGCUUUAGCCUCCCCUCCAUCCUCGACCUUAAUGCCAAUUCGCCGACCGACUACCUCAAAGCCCUCAAUGCCCUCUUGCUGGAGUUUGAACAAUACCAGAGUAUCCACCCCACUGAUGGAAGCACACCGUCUAGUCUGAGUAGGGCGAGACUACCGCAGAUGUUCAAGCGCGCGAAUUUGAACAUGGGAAGCAAGGGGCGGCGGAGCAGCAGUGCGGCCGGCGAUUUUCCCAUGUUGACACCGAGCAGCAGCUUCUCGGGCGACCUUUCCAGCAUGGAGACGCCGCCCAAUGACGACCUCCUCCUCCCCAACGAAUCCUACACAUACCUCCAGACCCCAUCUCUCCCUUUCGAUCCCGACUUCUUCAGCACCUUUGCCACGCUCUGCGACGUUCUCAUCGAUUGCUACACAAAGAUCCUGUCCAUGCUCAAUACACCGGAGAGCGUGUCCAGUGCGGGUGCUGGCGUGCCGAGCAUGGUGGGCGACCUUUUCAACAAGGCGGAUGCAAGGGUGCGUAAGAUCAUCUUAGCUGGCGUGGUGCGCGAGUUUGAGGAGAGCUGUCGAGCUGGGUUGAAGAGUGAGGUUGGUGGUGUGGGCAAAGUGGUUCUGGGUGGACUGAUAUAA